AUGUCAAGCUGGAGGAAUCACGUGCGCACAAGCCUUCACCAGAGAGACAAAGUGGAGAAAGUCCCAUACGCCGGCGUUUUUACAUGCUGUAAGGGGAAUUAUUUCAUAUUUAACUUUUUGCAGAGGUUCAUUUGAAGUGCCUCAGAUUUGGACUUUUGUUUUCUUUUAGUGUCUCAGCUGGAGGAGCGGUAUGAAAUCCGCAAACAAAUUUUGGAUGAUCUUCUGUGCAAAAGGUUAGACCUACACAACGACACUAAACUUGCACACUCGACUCUGAGAUUUUGAAAACUGAAAUGUUCUUAAUUUGCAGUUUGGGACGAAGUGGAGUCGACAAAGGAAAAGACCCCAGACUACUUCAGCUCCAACUAAGAGAGAGUGAACACAUGCAAGAAAAGGUGGGUCAAAUAAAGUCACUGAUAAACAACUUAGCAUCAACCCCAGACCAUUGGGAAGACAGAAACUACUAUUUAGCACAACAUGAACACAUGUUAAUACAGGGGUUUUAAAGGUUUAGACUGUUGGCCUCCCCUUUGACAAUUUUGGGGAUUGGAUGCCACCUAGUUCAUUCUUUUGGUUUUUUCCUGUUCCUGCAUGCUCAGAGGAUUAAGAUUAUUUCUAAAGCUGUUGGAACUAGAAAAGAAAAAUUAAAAUAGCCCUCUAUUGCAGUUUGAAGGACCUCAAGACCUCCUAACACCAAGAUAGAAUUUGUUCAAAUGCAUCUGUUGGUUUUGUCUGUACAGCGGUGAGAUAAACAGAUCAAAGACCCUAAACUUUUUUUAAUCAUAAAAUCUUAUAUAAUUUUUCAUUCCCAUUUGUCCUAUGCCUCCCCUGACUCAGGUUAAGACUCCUGUGAAAGUCUUAACAUUAUAGAAAAGGUGCCUGUAAAAGUGUUUUAAAAAAACCUAUUAAACUACAUCUUGUGUGAUCCUCUGGUCAUCUAAUCUAUUCAUCCUCUCCUUUUCUUUCUCCUCAGCUGUCUCAGACAGUCUCAGACCUGACCACCGUCUUGUAUCUGAAAGAAGCUGAACUGCAGUACAGGCAGGCACGGUAAUUAAAGUUAAAAUAUGGGCUUAAAAAAUUGCUCUGUCUUCUCUAUCUUCCCAGUGUUAGCCUAGGGGAUAAAUCAGCAUUAGGUGCAAGACCUCUUUAUGAAAUAAUUGGGAAUUUAUUUAUUUAUUUUUAGAAAUAUAGGUCACUCUACUUAAUUAAAUACUUCUGCGUAUGCCGUUUUCUCUCAUUUGCCAUAAAUGUACUGCCUUUUUUUAUAGAUAGAUUUUAUAGAUCAGGAUCUGAAUCUUCAUAGGUCAGAUUCUGUCCAACCCCACAACCCGCUGACUUGCAUUACUCGCACAAAUCCACUUUUAAGGCAUUUAAAGUACCCUGUAUUUGUGAUCCAGAAAAGUUUUUGACACAAAUUCUCCUUGUAUUCCAGAGGGUAGCUAAUAUAUAAAUGUUGUAUAAGUCUUGAGGGGAAUCAUGCUCAGCAGGAUUUUGCAUGAGGUGGUCUUGCCAACAGACUGUGCUCACUGGGUCAUAAAGUUCAGAAUCUAAUGACACAGGAGUGUGUUGAGGCCCCAGGAGGGUGAGUUUUCGCACUCCUCUCUGUAGGACGACGAUGUUAAAUGCUUGGCUGAAGUCGGUUUACAGGAUCCUGACAUACAUGAUUUUCAGAUGAGUCAGCACCUCAUGCAGCGUCAUAGAUGUGCCCCCUUUUGUUGACCAAUUAGGGUUGUGAGCAAAUUGUAGAGGGUGUGGCUAUGAAGGGAGACUGGUGAUGUUGUGAAGUUUGACCAGACAUUCUAGACUUGAGGAAAACAAAACAUUGAAUAUAAUGUGACACACCAAACAACUGUGGCAGUAGUGUUACUGUAUUAGAAAAUGAAAGGUUUAAAUCAUAAUCAGGUCUGAAAAUAAGCCCAAACAUCUGGUAAUCCAGUAAGAUCUUGUUGCUGAGUAUGUGCUGAUUAAUCUGCUUAGUAUUAGUAUCAACUCAUAGUCUCCCUGUUGAUGGGUGUUGGCCUGUUGAUGAAUAAUUCCAAUAAAAUGGCAGUAGCCAGGAUACCCUGAUCACGUAAUUCAACAUGACGACCCCCCUGUACAAUCUAAUUUUACCCAAAAUGCAGCUCUGUCUUAAGUUGUAUUUUUACAGUAUAAAGCUUAUAAAUGUUCAAGUUUGUUGACAUUGUCAGGAACUGUUCCUCUGUUGACAUACACGAAGGGAACUAAAUAUUGGGAAUAUCUUUUAACAAAAUGCAGUCUGUGCCCUUGUGCAGUAUGUUAAUGUAUACAUGACAGUUAGCAAACUCUUACAGUAUCAGUUUUGAUUGGCUUGGAGGUGAUAAGCUUGUAGCACUGUUGAGUUGCCAUUGAAGCCCAGUUUGCCUUGAGCUUGUCUGUAUUUUUGCGUUUGGUGUUACCUAUCUUCCUCCUGACAAAUUUCAUAGAUUUGCUAUGAUGUUCAGGGCACAGUAAUAUGACUUUAAAUUACUUAAAAAUGUUUACCUUUGUUUUUACUUCAAGAUUUCUUUGGCCCCUGAACAAAAUAGGAGAUAUAAAAACAAAAUUUAAAACAGCAAUAAUAGAUUUGAAAACAUUGGUAUUGGCUCUUUUUUGUCAUGGAGCUUCUCUGCUUCAUUGUAAAUUAGUUCAACAUCUUUGGAAAUUUUCACUUGUCUUUUUCAGUGUGUCUCUAUACCGCCAAGAGGCUCUUACACUAGCGAGGAGAAGUAACUCCCAAAGGGCGACCCUUUCAGAAUUACAGCACACUAUAGAGUGUCAGUCCAAAGAGUUGGCAGAUCUACAGGCAGAGGUGAGAGGCCUUAAAAAAGCGCUGGCACAGGCUCGGAGAGAGAAGGAAGAACUCUUACAACGAUGGAUGGACGAGAAGAGAGUGGAGGCAGACCGGUUGAAUAAGUACAAUGACACACAAGAAAGGUGAGCGGUGAACCUCAAGAAUAACAUUGUCCUGGCUUAGAUUAAAAGGAUAACCACAUAUUUUGAGUCUUAUAGUUAUUGGUUGUUGAUUUGUUUCACCAGGUGGCAACGUUUGGCAAAGCAGCUGAAGAAGCAACUCCGUAUUGAAAUUGGGAAAGAGUAUGUCGUGACGAACACUUGGAGUGGUCAGACCGAAAUGCUUCCUACUGCCAUUCACUGUGAGCAUCUCCUCUAAAUAUUACUACAAAAUAUAAUCAGUGCAAACAGUGACAGCUUCUUAAUUCAACACCAGCACUUCCCUUUAAUACUGCAUCCACUGACUCUCAUGGGCACCAACAACCUUCAUCAAGACCAUCAAAAAGGGUCUAGUUGAUGAGGCCAAACAAAAGGGCAAAAGCGCUGAUGAAGGCCCAUAAAACCUUGAUCAAACUAGGAUUAUCACCUUACAGCUCAUUCCUCAACAAACCAGGGAAAUCUAAAUCCAUCAGAGCAGCUAUAAAAUUCAAAAACUGAGUAAUAUGCAAUAUAAGCUGUCUAGAUGCUGCAGGAGGAUUGUUCAGAUUGUGAUUGGUCAGAAUAACCUUGACCUUCUGAGAGACGUGACAAGACUAAUAGUUUUCAGUGACUGUUUGUACCUUUUGCUUGUUUUGUUAUGAUUGAAUAUGCUACAGGAAAAGACUGCACAGCUCUACAACUUGUUUUUUGUAUUACUGCCAAAAGUGGCCACUUCUGGCUCAGUGGCCAAAAAGCUGAUCUGGUAUUUUGUGUGGUAUUUUGUACAAGGCUUGACCUCAGUGUUUCAUAGAUCCUGACGAGUCCUCCAGUCAAGAACAAAGCAAGAUCUCAACCCUGAAAUGACUUUUUUGAUUGGUGGAAUGUGUAGUAAAUCCUUCAGGAGGAUGUUGAACAUCACAUGACGUGUUGUCUGACCUUUAUUUAUUCUCUUCUUGCCCUCAGGGAUCAACAGUACAACAGAGAUUCGGCGGGUGCACUCAGAGAGGGAGCACGUUUCAACUGUGACACAAGUCUAA